AUGGCCAUUGCAAACAACCUCUGUACUGGUGGGCGACCAUUGCCCCAGAUACCUGAGGAGCAUACUCCUCGUACCGAGGAAUAUCCCCGACAACCUGGAAAGCAGGCUAUGGUGGACCCGGACCCUGAGGAGAGGAGUGAUUCAUCCAAUUCUCGAGGGCCACCUGCUCCCAGGCCUGAUGAGGAUUUAUACUACAACCCUAAAAGAUAUGUUCCUAUCGUGGAACUUGAAAAUCGUCAAUUGCGCAAACAAUUGGCAGAGGCGACAAAACGCAAUGAAGAAUUAUCCAGACAGGCAGCUGACACCCAAGCACCUCCCCGGAGGCCUAGAGGACGCCCCCGCGGGAGCACGACCGCCAGGAGGGCAGAACAAGCAUCGCAGCCGAAUCAGCCAAGGCCCCGGAGGAGUACCUGGGCUGAGGCCACUGUCAACCCGACUGCAAAAUUGCCUACAGGAACGGGUAAUAACCGAGCCCCUCUAGUGGCUCAGAACCCGAAUCCUAAUACUGCAAGAAACAACCUAGAGCCUGUCUGGGCGAAUUCUAGGCCAUCUGGGCCCGACAAUGGGAGACAGCCACCGUUGCCCAUAAGGCAUUCGCCAUCACCAAUAAGACACCCCUCGCCAGUCCGAGAGGUCCUACGACCUGCACCACGGAGACCAUCUCGUAGCGGCAGUCAAGAUGGAAACCGACAGGCCAGGCCUGGACAGGGGAGUGAAAGGGAGGCUACCCGAGAUUACAGAGCUCCUCAGCCUUCGGGAAGCCAAAUGUCAAGAUCAAAAACUGCUGAAACAAGAAGGCCAACAGGGGAAUCACCUCGUAAUCACCGAGCCACACCUCCGGAGAGGGCUACGAGUUACGUAAGCGAAGCUCGGACUACACUCGGUCCGUAA